AUGCGCGACGACUGCAUUUUACGCUGGGUCAUUUCUAUCGAAGCUGCUCUCCAACUCGAUGCAGACGUUCACGUCUCUGAGCAACCCAGCAAGCGGGUACGACUUGAUCAACAACAUCAGUCCACAGGCAAAGACACCAAUGCUGGCACGACAGCAAGCGACAGAGCAACCUCACGCCAACAUCUACCCACUCCAUCCGUGUCCACCUCACCACCCUCAGAAAAGCGGCGCGAAGGCUCUGCACAGACUUCAAUGUCAUCAUCGCCAUCCAAGCGACCAAGAGAUGCAAGAGAGCAACCACAGCUGGCCGAACUCGACCUGACCCCACGCGCCCAAAGAACCGGCUAUGCAAUUGACGACCAGGACGAGAGCAUCGCGUCGACGUCAUCAUAUGUAUCUUCUACCAAAUCACUAAAGCUAUCCCGGACAUCCUCUCCGACAAAGCAGAUUCGUCACGCCGAGCUACAGCAGUCUGGUUUCCGCCAGGCCAGUUUUGCGACGCAUCCGCAGCCUCCUUCACUUAUGGCACUUCGACGAAAAUUAAAGCGUAUCUAUGAUGGAGAUGGAAUAUUGCCGCAACGACUCGCACAUGAGAUUGCCGACCUCGAAAUCCCCGAUUUCUACUUCCGCGAUGACGCAGACACUAAUGACCUCCGAUUACCUCCACGACGAUUUGUGCAACGAACAUUGGGACGAGCCGAUGAAUGCGACACUAAUGGCAAGGGGGAGUCGUCAUGGAAUAUGGAUGUCCACGCUCGUCUACUCAACUGGGUUCUAGACGAAGACUCAGAUGGCACUGGAGUACUUGAUUCCGAGUACUGCCUGAACGCCGGACUCCUCCCGCAGUACAAACCGAGAGAUGCGCCGAGCAAGAUGGUUGACUUUUGUCUCGCCAUUCGGCCGCGACUACCCGAAGAUCUUGCUAAUGUCGACGCCAUCCGCAAGCAGCGCCCAGGCGACUCGAUCAAUCACACAGACUGGGGAACGCUGAGCAAGCAUCCGAUUGCAAUAUCUGUUGAGACUAAGCGACACGGAGAGCAGUAUGACGCUGCCUUGCUCCAAAUUGCCACGUGGCACUCGGCCCAGUGGAGGAGUUUACGAUGGGGUUGCAGAAAUUUGCGCGCCAUCGAGUUCCUGGCCGGCAUCAUUGUCCAGGGCCACGAUUGGCAAUUCGUCGCGUCCACUCUGGGUGAAAACGAUAUCGCAGUGGUUUUGCGGCCGCCGCUGCAACUUGGUGACACGCGGUCGGAACAAGGCAUAUACAAGCUGCUUGUCUCCCUGCAGCGAUUGAGGCAAUGGGCGGAAGAGUCGUACUGGCCAGCAUUCAAAUCGGAUCUGUUGGGGACUCCUGCCAUAUCUAGAGACGAUUAA